AUGUUUUCUAGCACAAUAAAAAUUACAAAUUUAGAUGAUUAUAUAGCCCCUUCAUAAGAUUGUAUAUUACCUUUUAUGGAUAAAAAUUAAAAAUUAUAAAACAUAUAGGAUAAAUAACCAAUUAUAAAUAAAUCGUAAAAUUAAACUGCGAAAAUUACUUUAAGUGAUUGUUUAGCCUGUAGUGGAUGUGUUACUACUGCCGAAUCUAUUUUAUAAUAAUAAUAAAGUGUAGAUGAAUUUAUUAAUAAAAGCUAAACUUUUAAACACACUGUUAUUUCGAUUUCGCCUUAAAGUAGGGUUUCUUUAGCUUAUCAUUUUGGAGUUGAUGAAUUUUACAUUUAAAAAGCAUUAACAAAAUUCUUUUUAUAAAACUACAAUACAAAAGUUAGUUUACCAAUUAUAACUUCUGAAUGUCCAGGAUGGACAUUGUAUGCGGAAAAAGCAGUUGGGGAAUUCAUUAUAAAACACAUGAGUUAAAUAAAAUCACCUUAAUAAUUAAUGGGUUGUUUAGUAAAAGAUUUAUUUGCUUAAAAACUAGGAUAUAAUAAUUAAGAUAUUCUUUUUGUUACUAUAAUGCCUUGUUAUGAUAAAAAAGUAGAAUCUGCUAGAAGAGAUUUCGAAAAAAAUUAAUUUAAUGAACUUUAUAUAAAUCCAAAUAUAGAAACUUAUUUAAUGCAUGAUGAAUAUAUAUAGCAAUAAUAAUAAUAAUCAUAAUAAAAUUAAGAUACCGACUUUUUACUUAAAGUUUUAGAAUAUUCCAAUGGAUCUAACGAUUAUUUAGAUUAUAUUAUAAGAAGAGCAGCUUUUGAUUUAUUUUAAUUGUUACCUGAUUAAUAUUAAAUUUAAAAUAAAUAAGGAAAAAACACCGAUUUUAAUGUAAAAUAUAUAAUAUUUACUUAUAUUAUUUUAUUUUAGGAAAUCUUUAUUUAAUAUAAUGGAUAAAAAAUAUUAAAUUUUGCUAGAAUUUACGGUCUUAGAAAUAUAUAAAAUAUAACAAGAAAUAUUAAAAUGAAUAAAUGCUAAUUUUAAUAUAUAGAAAUUUUGGCAUGUCCAAGUGGCUGUUUGAAUGGAGGAGGUUAGUUAAAAUCUUUAGAUGAAAAUAUAAAAUAAAAAGCUCUAAUUGAUAAAAUGUGUGAACUUCUUAAUAAAAAAAAAGUUGUAAAUAAAUAAAAUAAUUUAGCUGUUAAAUAUGUUUAUCAAGAUUUACUUAAAGACAGAUAUAGUAUUUAUUUUAAGAUUAUUUUUAAACAUAUUGAAAAAUUAAAUACAUAAAGUAGUUUAAAUUGGUGA